AUGCAGCAAACACGGCAAGGCCAUCAUGUGGUGCGGGUCCCAUCAUUUAGUCCAGCCCAAUUCAGAACCAUUGCGAUUGCCACGUUACGCACUCCAAACCAAAAAAAGAACUGGAUGUAUACCGACCAAUCACAAGCAAGAACGUGGGCAUGCUUCUUUGGCACUUCGCCCAAGGUAGCUAGUAACAUUUGGAACAGACUAGCUGAAAGUAACAAAAUUCCCAAGGGUGGUGCCCCACGUCAUCUUCUAUAUGCUUAUGUUCUACUCAAGAAGUAUGCUGGCGAUGACGCCAAUGCAAAGAUGGUUAGUUGCACUGCAACUACAUUUCGUAAGUGGGCUUGGAUUUUCAUUCCUCUUGUGCAUGACCUACACCACCAGGUGAUUCGGAUGGAUCUCCGACUGAUUGGAUGGAACAAGUUGGUCACAAUGGCUUCAAUUGUCUACAAUGCUACUACGUUUGGGUGCUUUGAUAAGUGGCCGUUCGACAGUAAAAUGUGGGAUGUUAAACGCCACAAAGCAGGCCUCAAGUAUGAUGUUGCUAGCUCUAUUCACAACGGCUAUAUUGUCCAUUGGAGCGGUUGGCACAAGGGUGGCAAGUCGGAUAUAAAGAUUUUCCGAGAGGAGCUGAAGUCAAAAUUGGACGCAGGUGAAUGUGUCGAGGCUGAUGCUGGGUGUUCAGGCGAAUGCUGUUUGAAGAAUCCUCAAGUCGCCAAAUCGCGUCGGGCAAAGCAGCAAAAGGGUGUUGUUCGUGCAAGACAAGAAUGUGUCUUUUGCAAGAUGAAAAAGUUCCAAUCAUUGCGAGGUAUUUGGAUCCAUAACUAUGAUAAGCAUACGUUUGCGGUAGGUGCUGUCCUGGUAUCAAUACAAAUUGGUUUAGAGCUUGGAACUGUGAAAUUUUGGGAUAUACCUGACUAUGAAGCCGAGUACUUCUGA